AUGACUGGGCUGCCUCUCCUCCUUCUGCUGCUGCUCUUCUGGCUCCUGCCUCCAACUUCUGCAAAGAGGAUUCCAGUCACAUGUGUACUGGCAAACACUUUCCAGAUUCAGCAAGACUAUUACACGCCUGGCGAUUUCAUGAUUGGUGGGGAUUUGCUCCUGGCAAACAUUCUUUAUGUCAAUGACAUAGACUUUAAAAAAGACCCAUCCAAGAUUCCUUAUACACUGGUGCCCCUAAGCAAGAAUUACCAGCAGCUCCUGUCCUUGAAGUUUGCCAUCACUGAGGUGAACAGGAAUCUGAUUCUGCUCCCAAACAUCACACUUGGUUUGCAGAUUUAUGACAAUCAUGACACUGAGAGGAAUAUUUACCUCAUCAACCUCUCCCUGCUCGCCACACGAGGCCAAAUGUUUCCAGGUUAUAAAUGUGGCAACCAGGACCAUCUGCUCUCUGUCAUUGGAGGUGGCAUCCCCAAAUCCUCAAGGCAGAUAGCCUCCAUCUUCAGCAUCUUCAAGGUCCCACAGCUUCUUCCCUAUUUGAGGAAUGUCCAGUUCAACAACACUGUUGAAGAUGAAGUCUCCUUCUCAGAAAAUGGACUGGGAUCUCCUCGUUACGAUCUUCUCAACUGGGUUUUCCUCCCCAAUCAAUCGUUCAUUCCCAUGAAAGUUGGACAGAUAAAUCCCGGGGCUCCCCCAGGCCAGGAUUUAACCAUUAACUCCAAUGCAAUAUUUUGGGCCACAGAGGCAGGAGAGAGGAGAAGAGUUCCAGAGGGUGAGCCGGUUUGCUGCUACCAAUGUGACCCUUGUCCAGAAGGGACCAUUUCUAAUCAAACAGAUGCAGCUCACUGUGACCCCUGCCCAGAAGACCAAUACCCCAACAAGGACAAGGACCAAUGCAUUGCCAAGAAGAUCCACUUCCUUGCCUAUCAAGAAACCCUGGGAUACAUUUUGGUUUCUCUCACUUUUUUUAUCUCUAUGAUCACAUUGGCAGUCCUGACAAUUUUCCUUAAACACCGUGACACUCCAAUUGUCAAGGCCAACAACCGAGAUCUCACUUACAUCCUCCUGGUCUCCCUCCUGUUCUGCUUUCUCUGCUCCUUCCUCUUCAUUGGUCAACCCGGGAAGCUCACCUGUCUCUUCCGACAAACUGCCUUUGCCAUUGUCUUUUCCGUUGCAGUUUCCUCUGUCUUGGCAAAAACUGUCAUGGUGGUUCUUGCCUUCAUGGCUACCAAGCCAGGGAACAAGACAAGGAAACUCUUGGGAAAGCCACUGACCAACUCCAUUGUCUUAGGCUGUCCCCUGGUCCAAGUAGUUCUUUGUGCCACCUGGCUGGCAAAGUCACCCCCAUUUCUCAACUUGGACUUCCACUCCUUGUUUGGAGAGAUCAUCUUGGAAUGUAAUGAAGGCUCAGCUUCCAUGUUUUACACUGUCCUUGCCUACCUGGGUAUUCUGGCACUCAUUAGUUUCACUGUGGCCUUUAUGGCCAGGAAAUUGCCUGAUAGUUUUAAUGAAGCCAAGUUCAUUACUUUUAGCAUGCCGGUCUUUUGCAGUGUUUGGAUCACUUUCCUCCCCACCUACCUGAGCACCAAGGGAAAGUCCAUGGUGGCCGUGGAGAUCUUUUCCAUCUUGGCCUCUGGGGCUGGUCUCUUGGCUUGUAUCUUUUUCCCCAAAUGCUACAUUAUUCUACUGAGGCCCCAUCUUAAUUACCAUACACAGGAGGAAAGAGUCCUACCCAAGAGCUACCAGCAGUACGUAGCAUUGGUAUUUGCAGUCACAGAGGUCAACAAGGAUCUGGUUCUCCUCCCCAACAUCACCCUUGGCUUCCACAUCUAUAGCAAUUCUCAGACUCAGAAGGAGAUUUCCAUAAUCAGCCUCUCCCUUCUCUCCACAAGAGGACGAAUGGUUCCAGAUUACAAAUGUGACAGGCAGCAUCCUCUGCUCUCUGUCAUCGGAGAUCUCAACCCCAGAUCCUCAAGGCAGAUGGCCUCCAUCUUCAGCACCUUCAAGGUCCCACAGAUUCUCCCCUAUCUGAGGAACAUCAAGUUCAACAACAGUGCUGGAGAGGAAGUCUCCUUCUCAGAAAGUGGAUUGGUGUCUACUCGUUAUGACCUUCUCAACUGGCUUUUCCUCCCCAAUCAAUCUUUUGUCCCCAUGAAAGUUGGGCAAAUGGAUUCCACGGCUUCCCUGGGACAAGAUUUCACCAUUAACUCCAAUGAAAUCAUCUGGGCCACAAAGACAUUCUAA